GGGAUCCUGCGGGCCGCCGGCCGGGACGGUGUGGGCGACCCGGAGUGCGGGCGUCGGGAGCCCCUCCCCACCCCCCAGUUUGUGCCCGGGAAGAGGAAUCCGUUUGAGGGCAAUUCUCCAUGAAUGUACGUCACAAUGAUGAUGACCGACCAGAUCCCUCUGGAACUGCCGCCCCUGCUCAACGGGGAGGUGGCCAUGAUGCCGCAUUUGGUGAACGGAGAAGCAGCCCAGCAGGUUAUUCUUGUUCAAGUUAAUCCAGGUGAGACUUUCACAAUAAGAGCCGAGGAUGGGACACUUCAGUGCAUACAAGGACCUGCUGAAGUCCCCAUGAUGUCACCCAAUGGGUCCAUUCCUCCCAUCCAUGUGCCUCCAGGUUAUAUCUCACAGGUGAUUGAAGACAGUACCGGAGUCCGCAGGGUGGUGGUCACACCCCAGUCUCCUGAGUGUUAUCCCCCAAGCUACCCCUCAGCAAUGUCUCCAACCCAUCACCUACCCCCUUACCUGACUCACCACCCACCACAUUUUAUUCAGAACUCACACACAGCAUACUACCCACCUGUUACCCUACCUGGAGAUAUGCAACCUCAAUUUUUCCCUCAGCAUCACCUUCCCCCCACAAUAUAUGGCGAGCAAGAAAUUAUACCACUCUAUGGAAUGUCCAGCUACAUUACCCGAGAAGAUCAGUAUACCAAGCCGCCUCACAAAAAACUGAAAGACCGCCAGAUCGACCGACAGAACCGUCUGAACAGCCCUCCUUCUACCAUCUACAAGAGCAGUUGUGCCACCGUAUACAAUGGCUAUGGGAAGGGGCACAGUGGAGGGAGUGGCGGAGGUGGCAGUGGUGGCGGGCCUGGAAUCAAGAAGACAGAGAGGAGAGCCAGAAGCAGCCCCAAGUCAAAUGAUUCAGACUUUCAAGAGUAUGAGUUGGAAGUAAAGAGGGUACAAGAUAUUCUUUCGGGAAUAGAGAAACCACAGGUUUCUAAUAUACAGGCGAGAACAGUUGUGCUGUCUUGGACACCCCCGGUUGGACCUUCAUGUGGACCCCACAGUGGUCUCUCCUUCCCCUAUAGCUAUGAGGUGGCUUUAUCCGACAAAGGACGGGAUGGAAAAUACAAGAUCAUUUACAGUGGAGAAGAAUUGGAAUGUAACCUGAAAGAUCUCAGACCCGCCACCGAUUACCAUGUGAGGGUGUAUGCCAUGUAUAAUUCUGUCAAGGGCUCCUGCUCCCAGCCGGUUAGCUUCACCACCCACAGCUGCGCCCCUGAGUGUCCCUUCCCUCCCAAGCUGGCACACAGGAGCAAAAGCUCACUCACCUUGCAGUGGAAGGCUCCAAUUGACAAUGGUUCAAAAAUCACCAACUACCUUUUAGAAUGGGAUGAGGGCAAAAGAAACAGCGGGUUUAGACAGUGCUUCUUCGGGAGCCAGAAGCAUUGCAAGUUGACCAAGCUUUGUCCCGCCAUGGGGUACACGUUCAGGCUGGCUGCUCGGAAUGACAUCGGCACCAGUGGCUACAGCCAAGAGGUGGUCUGCUACACGUUAGGAAACAUCCCUCAAAUGCCCUCAGCACCCAGACUUGUCCGAGCGGGUGUCACCUGGGUCACAUUGCAGUGGAACAAGCCAGAAGGCUGCUCCCCCGAGGAAGUGAUAACCUACACCCUGGAAAUGCAGGAGGAUGAAUAUGAUAACCAUUUCCAUCCAAAAUACACUGGAGAGGAUUUAACCUGUACUGUGAAAAAUCUCAAAAGAAGCACACAGUAUAAAUUCAGGCUGACUGCUUCUAACAUGGAAGGGAAAAGCUGUCCCAGUGAAGUUCUGGUUUGUACGACCAGUCCUGACCGACCUGGACCUCCAACCAGACCCCUCAUUAAAGGGCCCGUGACAUCUCAUGGCUUCAGCGUCAAGUGGGAACCUCCAAAAGACAACGGUGGCUCAGAAAUCCUCAAGUAUUUGCUGGAGAUUACUGACGGAGCUUCUGAAGCUGGUCAGUGGGAAGUGGCCUACAGUGGAUCAGCUACGGAAUACGUUUUCAGCCGCUUGAAACCAGGCACCUUGUACAAACUCCGAGCUUGCUGCCUCAGCACCGGGGGACACAGUCAGUGUUCUGAAAGUCUCCCUGUUCGCACACUAAGCAUUGCACCAGGUCAGUGUCGGCCACCGAGGGUUUUGGGUAGACCAAAGCACAAAGAAGUCCACUUAGAGUGGGAUGUCCCUACAUCUGAAAGUGGCUGUGAAGUCUCCGAGUACAGCGUGGAGAUGACUGAACCUGAGGACGUGGCUUCGGAGGUGUACCACGGGCCCGAGCUGGAGUGCACCGUGGGAAACUUGCUUCCUGGAACAGUGUAUCGUUUCAGAGUACGGGCUCUGAACGACGGAGGGUAUGGGCCUUAUUCUGCUGUGUCAGAAAUUACCACUGCAGCGGGACCCCCAGGACAGUGCAGAGCACCUUGUAUUUCCUUCACGCCAGAUGGCUGUGUCUUGGUGGGCUGGGAGAGUCCAGAGAGCUCUGGUGCCGACAUCUCCGAGUACCAACUGGAGUGGGGAGAAGACGCAGAAUCAUUAGAACCUGUCUAUCAUGGGCCUGACACCUGCUUCGAGAUACGAGAUCUGUUACCUGCGGCACAAUAUUGCUGCCGGCUCCAGGCCUUCAACCCAGCAGGCGCAGGACCGUACAGUGAACUUGUCCAUUGUCAGACACCAGCAUCCGCCCCCGACCCCAUCUCCACUCUCUGUGUCCUGGAAGAGGAACCUCUCAGUGCCUCUCCGGACUCACCUUCUGUGUGCCUUGUACUGAACUGGGAAGAACCGUGCAAUAAUGGGUCUGAAAUCCUUGCUUACACCAUCAAUCUUGGAGACACUAGUGUUACAGUGGGCAAUACCACCACCCACGUGAUGAAGGAUCUCCUUCCAGAAACCACGUACCGGAUCAGAAUUCAGGCUAUAAAUGAAAUUGGAGCUGGACCAUUUAGUCAGUUCAUCGAAGCAAAAACUCGGCCGUUACCACCCUUGCCCCCUAGGCUAGAAUGUGCUGCAGCUGGUCCUCAGAGCCUGAAGCUGAAGUGGGGAGACUGUAACUCCAAGACCCACGCCACCGCCAAUGACAUCGUGUACACACUACAGCUGGAGGACAGGAACAAGAGGUUUAUUUCAAUCUACAGAGGACCCAGCCACACCUACAAGGUCCAGAGACUGACUGAGUUCACGUGCUACUCCUUCAGAAUCCAGGCAGCAAGCGAGGCAGGGGAAGGACCCUUCUCGGAAACCUAUACCUUCAGCACGACCAAAAGUGUUCCCCCUACCCUCAAAGCACCCCGGGUGACACAGUUAGAAGGAAAUUCAUGUGAAAUUUUAUGGGAGACGGUACCACCAAUGAAAGGCGACCCUGUUAACUACAUUCUGCAGGUAUUGGUCGGAAGAGAAUCUGAGUAUAAACAGGUAUAUAAAGGGGAAGAAGCCACAUUCCAAAUCUCAGGCCUCCAGACCAACACAGACUACAGGUUCCGGGUGUGUGCGUGCCGGCGCUGUGUGGACACGUCUCAGGAGCUAAGCGGAGCUUUCAGCCCCUCUGUGGCAUUUGCGUUACAGCGACGUGAGGUCAUGCUUGCAGGGGACAUGGGGAGCUUGGAUGACCCCAAGAUGAAGAGCAUGAUGCCUACUGAUGAACAGUUCGCCGCCCUCAUCGUGCUGGGCUUUGCGACCUUGUCUGUUUUAUUUGCCUUUAUAUUACAGUCCUUCCUCAUGAAGUAAAGAAAGCCGGCACACUAGAGGUAUGACUCAGAUGCUGCGCGCGCUGUUCACGUUCAGAUAAUCCCCCUUCAAGCCUUUCUGUUCUUUGAUUUAUCUACUUCUCUUGUUUUCCAGAUUUAGCUAGGAAAAAAAAAUAUAUCUAAGUGUUUUGGUGCACCUUUUUGAAAUGCGAAACUAGGAAGAGGUUAAACUGGAUUUAAAACCCAUACACACACACAGCAGAGGAGGAGGAGGAAGCAAAAAGCAAGUGACCCAGAUACCAAAAGCUAGUUUUCUUUUUAAGUUUUCAAGUUUGCCUUUAUUCUGUUCUCACUGACAUCUUUUACAAGCCUUUGACUUUUUUUUUUUUUUCAUUUUUAUGUUACAGUCUAGUAAUUUAUAUUCACCGGUCACUUCUUUAGUCUUGAUCAUCUGUACCUGUAAACACAAUCACAGUGUGUGUAGUUACAGGGCGUGGAUCGCACUGUUGUCAGACGACAGCCGCAACAGCAAGAAUACAGAAGGUGUGUUCAUUCCAAUAAGGCUGUCCUAAGCCAUCUUGUCACUCAGCUGUUUAACUGUGUUAAGCUCAUUGAAGUCCAAAUGUGUUCUUUAAUCUAAUAUGUUUUAAUACUCUGUAUUUCUUGUGAUUUUUAACACUUUGAGCUGCCUAUAUAAGAAAUCAAGUAACCAAAAUGCACCUAGACAUGACGGAGCAUUGUAGAUUUUCCCACGUCGACUCCUGGCAUAACUCUCAGAGGGCAUCGUGCAAUAGUUAGUUGUUUCCUUAUCCGGCUAUUGUGAAAGCUGCUUGAACUUGUCUGUCUUUGUAUAUAAUUACUUCUAAUCUAAUCACUAGAGUUAUUAUAUUCUGUGAUAUUUGACCAGAUUAUAUGAUGAGAACUGGUGACAGGUCAGUGCUCCUGUGUGCACUGAACGUGGUCUGUAGUGAUUGAAAGCAGUCUUAUGUGUUGGAUCAUUGUUUUGGAAAGACUUGCCUUUAGGCUGUUCUGUGAGGUAUCCAUGAAGCGAUUGAAUGUCAGUACCCUAAUCAGUGCCCAUGAUACUAACAUUAACAGCAGAUGAAAAUUGAUAAAACCCGGAAGGGACUCAUCUGAAUUCGGAGUUCCAGUUUCUGUGAACUUGAUCUGGCCGCAUGUGGAGAGGGAAUGGUAUCUGGCAGUAAGCACGGAGUAUUUAGGAGGUGGUCAAAGAGCCUAAAUUUUCUCCCUGGAUCUUUCACUAACUUGCUGUGUGACUUCCACAUGUCACUUUACCUCUCUGUGCCUCAGUUUUCCCAUGCAUGAAAAAACAAAAUAAGACAUAAUGGGGAGUCUAAUGUUUGUAAGUGCUUUGCGAUCUUUGACCAAAAGGUGCUAUUGGAGUAUAAAGCAUUACUCUUACGUGUUCAUUUUGAGUCAUGAGAUAAUCAGUUUUAACCCAAAGUCAUUGGAUUAUUUAUGAAGUCCACCAUGUUUUGAGUACCUCAGGGACACUUAAGAGUUGGAGGUGCAAAUCUAUUCCAAAAGGGUGCAACAGACACAGCGUAUCCCCUGCUCCUGGGUUUUUAUUUCUUUUUUUUUUUUCUUCCUUUUUUUUUUGUAUAUUUUUGCUCCUUGGUUGUUCUUGAUCAUAGCUGUUUUGUGCUUGGUCUAUAUUGUCUAAAAUGCAGUAAGUAUCCUGUACUAGCUUAUAAUAUUCCCAUACCAAAGUCAUGGGGAAACCAACAUCAUGUUGUUUUUGGUUUAUUUAUACUAUAUUCUGCAUACAGUACUUUAAAUGCCAAUUACAGUGCAAUCUUUAUUUAUUGUAAAAAAAAUUUUAAUGUACUUAUGUACUAAUUUUCUCUUGUAGCAUGUUAUUUUUGUGUGCGUGUUUUAUACUUUUGUAAUUUUAGGUCAGUCCUGUUCUUUCACAAUAUCUGUAGUAUUAACCUUCUGACAUUUUCUUGUGUUUUUAAAGAUAAGAGCAUCUAGUUCAUUAAACGCCAAAAAAAAAAAAAUACAUUAUGAGUGAUUGAACGGUUUACAUGUACCAGAAAACCAUAAUCAUCUCUUAAGAGUGCUCUGAUCAGUGAAUUAUUCUGUGUGCCUAUAUCGAUGUAGUGAGUGCUAGAGAGUUCUCUAUCUCAAUAGACUCUGACAAUUAGUGGGAUUUGAUGUGCAAAGUGAUGGCCUCAAGGUGAAUAGAGUUCUGCCCAAGUUCUGACCUCCCGGAACCCAUCCCUUCAUCUAAACCUGUGGUUUGACCCACAAUGGCAUCGCAUCUGCAUUUUCUGAGGUAAUUUUGUGCAGGUGUUUUCAGAGAGUAAGCAUUUUUUUCAACAAUGAAAUAUUCAGUGGAGUAAUAACCUUUCGGGGAGGGUUCUUUUUUUUUUGAAACAUUUCAGAACUGCUGCUAUAAAGAAAUUGUUUGGAUCAGUUGGAUUUUUUUAAGAAAAUAAUACUUCAGGCCAAAAUUGCUAUGAAUAGUCGAUCUUUCUGAGAUCUCCGGUCUCUCUUUAAUCACCAGAAAGCUGACGUGUGUGAAAUAUCGGCUGACAGCACUUUAUCCCAUUGCUCUCUCUUCUAUGGUGUUCAUUUUAAUCCCUUCAGUUGGAAAAUUAUUACUCUAUACGGCACUAUCUUCUAUCACAAAUCUGCGUAUGUGAUACAGACAUAUAACUAUAUAUAUUGCCAUUACACAUGAACAAUAAAAUAAGGUGUUCUAUUAACUCUCCUUACCCUGUUGCAAUAUGUAGGAAUGAGUGGGUGGCUUUCUGAUGCUCUGACGCGUCCCUGUAUGUCAAACUCAUCCUGGACAUAAGAGGUUCCAGUCAUGUGAAACAAGCCCGUUGUCCUCAGAAAUUGUUUAAAAAGACAACGUUUUUUAAAAGCUAUCUUGCAUAUGAUCUGCCUUGUUCUUAUCAACUUGAAAUGUUGGCAUUUUCUAACCUUGUUCCUUUGGCUACAGUAAUUCAGUAUUCAUGUCAAAAUUGAAAAGUGCCCUAAUUGAAUGUGUUUGAAUGUUUUCCUUGCACAAUUCUUUAAAUUGAAAGACAAACUAUUUUACCUCACUGUUGGACAUACAUUCCAAGCUUUUCAACUUUAGGGGAAAAAAAUAAUCCUAUGUUUUCCUGUAUUGUAAAUUUUAGACUAUUUCAUAUACAUUGUAUUAAAACUGCCAUAUCAAUUUUAAUGUAUAGAUUUUGCAAAUACUAUGCUAUAUGUAAUACCUAACUGUAUCUGUAGUGUAUAUGUAAUAUAUUUAUGCCCAAUAAAUGUUUUAAUUCUUUCUGA